AUGGAUACCAAGUCUUUAUCGAAGGACUCGAUGCGGUCCACGUGGCGGACUGCGGACCGCAAAGAAUGGACUCACAACCACUGGGUUCUACACCUGAUGAACGCCUAUCCGAUCGAGCUGGACAAGGAUGUGCCGGUGCACACUAAAGAGGAACCUAUUCCAUACAUGACUCAAUGGUCACUUCAGCGUUGGGUUCUGUUCUACUCAGCCCUACCAUUGCUUCUACACCAGACAUAUAUGGCCUACACAGGCCGCACAAUAGGUCCGAUCGCGGCCUUUAACCUCUACUUCAUGGCAUUCAAUGCGACUGUCAUUUACCAAGUACAUGUCCUCCGGCGACUCGGCCACAUCUUCGGCUUUCUUGACGGCGACAAACACGAGCGCGAUGGUGUCCCCGAUGUAGGGAUCGGCAAAGUCGUAGCCUCGCUCUACAAGACGACCGGGUCUCGGCUGAUCCUAUCAAUCUACCUCUCUUAUAACAAAACACAGCUGCCCUCGCAGAUGAACUGGCUCUGGCUUCCCCUCGAGAUAGGCCUGUAUGGUAUCAUCCUCGACUUCUGGUUCUACUGGUACCACCGCCUGAUGCACGACGUGAGCUUCCUGUGGAAGUACCACCGCACGCACCAUCUAACGAAACACCCGAAUCCGCUCCUCGCUGCGUAUGCAGACCAUGAGCAGGAAUUCUUCGAUAUGGUCGGCGUGCCGAUGAUGACUUAUCUCAGUCUCCGGCUGAUGGGCCUGCCUAUGGGCUUCUAUGAGUGGUGGAUCUGCCAUGAGUACGUUGCUUUCGCGGAAGUGUUUGGACACUCCGGGCUGAGGCUGCAUCUGACUGUUCCAUCGACACUGAGCUGGUUGCUUGAGAUGUUUGAUGCGGAGAUUGUGAUUGAGGAUCAUGAUCUGCAUCACCGUAAGGGUUGGCGCAAGAGUCAUAACUACGGUAAACAGACUCGUCUGUGGGAUAAAAUCUUUGGGACUUGCCAUGACCGCAUUGAGUCGGUGGCUGAUAAUGUCGAUUAUGUGAACACGGCCAAUAUGCCUCUGUGGUGA